AUGCGACACUCAACUUAUGUUGAAGUGCUCUUACAGAACAUCUCCUUCAAUGUAAAUACCGUGCGCCGCAUGGUUGGAAAGGCCGGUCUCAUCACCAUGGUGAAAGGAAACGCAUACGGUCACGGCAUUGAGAGGGUGUCUCAACACCUUCAUGACAUGUGUGAUAUUCGAAGCUUCGGUGUCGCCUCUCUCGGUGAAGCACUUACAAUUCGUGGGUCUCAACCCAGCAUCGCCGAGAGCGCCGACAACGAAAUAUUCAUUUUUUCCGACACCGAAAUACUAAACGAGGGCUGCCAGAGUUACUACAAGCCAAGCGGCAAAUAUACCGUUUGUCUGACGCCUAUUAUUGGGACUCCAGCUCAGCUAAAGGCUUUCUGCACCAGCACCGUAUUUAACAAGACGAAGCUGUGUGUGAAGGUGAGCACUGGCAUGAACCGUCUCGGGCUGCGACCCGAGGAGUUGCAGGAUGCCGUGCCGCUGCUGAAGCAGCGUGGCGGAGUGGACCUCCUGCUGCAGCACUUCGCCGUGGCGGGGUCGCCGCAGUGUGUCGAUGGCACCUACGCACAGUACGAGGUGUUCAAGAAGGCCAGACAGCUCCUCGUUGACAGUGGCGUCGAGGUGCGCGCGACGUCGGUGAGUAACUCCGGCGCCAUUGAGCAAAAUAUCGGCGUGACGGAGACGUACGUGCGCCCUGGUAUCAUGCUAUACGGCCCGCAUACUAACGCGCCUCCGUCGCCGUGCGACAUCCGCCCCGCCAGCCACUUCUAUACCAAAGUCCUGCACCACUUUCCGGUGCGGCGCGGCGACCCCGUCGGCUACGACCUCGUCCCCGUCGAGGCCGACGGCGUCGUCGUGCUGCUGCCGAUCGGCUACGCUGACGGCUUUCUGCGCGGCUACGUCGGCAUGCCCAUCACCGUCACACCGGUCGACGCGGUAGAGCCAAUCACCGGCAGCGUCCACGGCCGCGUGAACAUGGACAUGACCGCUGUGGUGGUGUACCCGGAGGUGGUGGGCAAAGACAUCGGCAGCAUCAUGGCGGAGGUGAAGGACGGGGCGCGCGUGGAGGUGUGGGGCGGCGACAUUGACUGCAAGGCGGCAGCUGUUAAAUCGAUUCCAUACGAACUCAUGUGCGAGAUCUCGAUCCGAGUUCCACGAGUAUACAAGAGUUUUUAA